CUAAGAGGGAGAGCGGCGUGCGGUUAGUUGUCUGACCGAGUUCCAUUGAGAGCGAGGAUCACAUCACAGGGGGCGAAUGAAGAGGGGCGUCAAUAAAAACAAACAUAAUUCAACCACAAUAUCCCGGUCUUUAGGUUUGAGUUCAUGGGUUUGUGACGAUUAAACUAAGGGUUGGUUAUUUUGCUGAUAAUUUCCUGUUGGGAAACUGUCGGCGAAGGAUUUAAUCUCAGAUUGCGGCUGGUCUGAAACAAAGGGGUCGGGGACUUCGGAGUGUUGCAGUGGUAAAAGCAGGUUGAAAGGGUGGACCGUGGGCAAGAUGGAACGGGAGGGGCAGUGGUGGAAGAGCCAGCUCGCUGCAGACAUCCACCAGUCUUUACGAAUAAAGGAGCUGAAGUUGCCCACCUACAAGUCCCACUCUCCUCAGAUCGGGAUGCGGCGUUACUUUGCUGACCUGCUGGCUGUCCUCAGUAACCGCUACCAAUUGUGCCCAGCGGCUCGCCACCUGGCCGUCUACCUCCUGGAUUUGUUCAUGGACCACUACGACGUGGCAGUCCGCCAGCUCUACGUCAUUGCCCUCUCCUGCCUCCUCCUAGCCAGUAAGUUUGAAGAGAAGGAGGACUGUGUCCCAAAGCUGGAGCAGCUAAACUCUCUGGGCUUCAUGUGCAGCCUGAACCUGUCACUGAGCAGGAAGGACCUGGUAAAGAUGGAGCUGCUCCUCUUAGAGACGUUUGGCUGGAACCUGUGUAUGCCCACACCAGCACACUUCAUAGACUACUACCUCCAUGCGGCUGUACAGGAGGGAGAACUGCACAACGGCUGGCCCCUCUCCUCCCUCAAUAAGACCAAAGCCUUCAUGGACAAGUAUACACACUACUUCCUGGAAGUCUCACUGCAAGACCAUGCCUUCCUGGGCUUCCGACCAUCCCAGGUGGCAGCAGCCUGCAUUGCGGCGUCCCGCAUCUGUCUCCAGAUCACCCCAAGCUGGACCACCGUUCUCCACCUGCUCACCGGAUACUCCUGGGAACCCCUCACCCCGUGCAUCGAGCUCAUGCUGCUUGCCCAUGACAACGAUGUGAAACAAGCCAACAAAUCCAAGUCCAACUCUCCGUCUGUCCAGAGUCCUCUCCAACCCCAGGCCCUUCCCUCAACCUCCACAGUCUCUGUCUCCACCAUGAAACAACCCUUGUCUACCUCUCAGCAGCUGCUCUUCCAGACAGGUGGAUACCAGCAGCAGCUCACCCAGCACUCUACUCCCAUUUCCCAGCUGCACAUGCUAGGUGAGUCCCAGACUCUGGGCCCUGUCGGGUCUCGCGACUACCUCCAGGCCCACCAGAGAGGGCUCCUCUCAGGGUCGGUUUCUCAGGGAGUCUUCCCCUCCUACCCCAGCUUAGCCUCAGGGCUGCGCUCCUCCCUGCCCCUGCAGGGACCCAUCUCCAUGCAAGUGGCUCUUGCUGCAGAGCCCCGUCACUGCCUCCCCCUUUCAUACGGGGGAGGCUACCUGGGCUCCCAUCACACCUACACAGCAGGCUGCUUCGACAGGUGACGCCAGGAGAGGGAGGACAAACAGAACCUGGGGCAGUCAGUGUCCUCCUCCAUCCAUUCUGACCUCAUCCACUGGGGACAAAGGAAACCAAAACAAAGAAGCAAUGUCAAUGCAGAUGUUGCUGAGGUCAUAGUAUUGACCUAACAAAAGCCCUACCUAUUUGAAAUGAGAGACUAUUUGUGAUGAGCUGAUUACAUACAGUACAUACUGUUCCCUUCACGUGACUGCUUGCUCUAUACUGAGACUGAGAGGCUGGUUUAGCCACUGUGAUUCUGCUAUCAACUGUGUUUGUGUGGAGCCCCUGCUUCCAAAUCAGUUCUCUCAAUGUGGGACUGCUGUUUUUUUAUACUAUUAUCUUUCAAUGCUGCUGCUUUAAACAAAAUUAUGACUUUAUGAUCAGUG